AUGUCUGGUAUGUCCAUGAUUGGUGGUGCCAUUAUGGCUUUAUUAAUAGCUGGAUAUCUGGGCCAAAAAUAUGGCUUACCCCCACCAGCUCCUAAGAUAGCCGGUAUCGACUUGGGUACCACUUUUUCAUCUAUAGGUAUUUAUCAUGCUGUGUCGGGUGACACAACGAUACUAGCAGACGAUCUAGGAAAGAAAUCUAUUCCAAGUGUUGUUGCAUUCCUUCCCAAUGGAACUGUCCUUGUUGGAACUAGAGCUGUUGAACAACAAGAGAAGAAUCCAAGGCGAACUGUUUAUGAUGCUAAACGAUUCAUAGGUAGAACUUUCGAUAAAGACAACGCCAAUUUUUUGGCUGAUGUAAAGCGUUAUCCUUUCAUUGUGAAAUUGGACGACCAUGGCAAAGCCUUCUUUGAAAUUCCAUUGGACGAAGGAACCAAAACGGUCUAUCCUGAAGAUAUCGGCGGUAUUAUCAUAAAGUAUCUCAAAGAUUUCGCUGAAAAGGAAUUGAAAUCUCCACUCAGUCAAGUUGUGAUAUCUGUUCCAGCUGAAUUUGAAGAAGCUCAAAGAAAUGUAACAGGAAAAGCGGCAGAAAAAGCUGAAUUGGAAGUGAGAAGAGUCAUUUCUGAACCAACAGCUGCGGCUUUGGCUUACGGUCUUCAUAAGAAGAAGGGUGUUGAGAGUGUUGUUGUUGUGGAUUUAGGCGGAGGAACCUUAGACGUAUCCGUCCUGUGGUUACAAGGUGGUGUUUUCGUAACACAAGCUAUGGCAGGAAACAACCGCUUAGGGGGACAAGACUUCAACGAUCGUGUCCAAAAACAUAUAGUCAAACUGAUUCAUGAAAAAUUUGGUGUUGAAAUUACAAACAAAGAAGAUCUUCAACAAAUACGGUUAGAGGUUGAGGCGGCAAAGAAGAAACUUACCACUCAUCCAAAGGCUACUAUGAAGUUAGAUCUUCGAGAAGUUGGAACGUGGACUUAUGAGUUGAAACGUGAUGAGUUUGAACGGUUGAACGAAGACUUGUUCAAGGCCAUUGAAAAACCAAUCGAAGCAGCAUUGAAUGAUGGCAAUCUUAGCCGUGAAGAAGUGGAUGAAAUUGUUCUAGUUGGAGGGUCCACGAGAAUCCCGAAAGUCAGACAGAUUGUCGGACACUACUUUGGAAAAGCUCCGAACUUCGGGGUUGAUCCGGAGUUGGCUGUUGUCACUGGAGCUUCUGUACAAGCUGGUGUGAUCGGAGGUGGAUGGCCAUUACAAGUUGCCGCCAUGGAGCUGCCUACCAAACGUAGAAAGCGUCACUUCUACACAGAUGAACAGAGGAAGAAUGAAGAAGAAGCUUAA